CCGGCGUUUAAAAUUUAAAGUCCAGAAGAGCUGCAGGAGAAAGACUGUGUUUUAAAGGAUGCUUCUUUGCUCUUCUGCAGUGUGAAGUACAAAAAAGGAAACAGGAGUAAGGAGAAGAUGGAUCAACAAAGGAGAGAGGAAGAGGAAGAGAGGUUGGAUGGACUGGAGGAGAGAGAAGGAGGAGAGAAGGACGGAACACUAAGAACUCCAUCCAGGAGGAGAGAAGAAGAAGAGGAGGAGGAGGAGGAGGAGGAGGAGGAGGAAGAGGAGAUAGGGAUGAGAAAGGCAGGCGCCAAAGACAAACCACGAAGGGAGCUGAUUGGUCGACACACUCCGAUCUCCGCCUCCUCCUCCUUCACCUCCUCCCCUCCUCCUCCUCUCUCUGCCGAGGAAGAGGAGGAGAGGAGGAUGGCGAGGAAGACGAGGUCAGAGUCGCCAUAGUCACAAUCGAGGACGAGUCCUGUCCGUCUGAGCCUUUCGGGACCGCCCACCUGGAAACGGCCUAUCGGAUCACACGCAUAGUUGACGGAGGAGACAAAAAGGAGGAGAAGGAAGGAGAGAUCGAAGGAAUGGAGGAGGAUGAAGGGGAGGAGGCGAACAGUGACGACAGAGAGGAGGAUGCAGAGGUGACGGCACCGUCGCUUCACCUGCAGAGCCAGGUAAGACAGUUGACUCCCAUCCUU